AUGGGCACAGAACCCACUUUACUUGUGUCCCAUACGUCGGAGGGCCUUCCAGCCACUGCUGACGAAAAGAAACUCGCCGUUUCGAAGGAGCUCACAUCCUCAGAGCACGUUAUUCUGGACAUGAAAAAGGAUUCAAAGGGCAUCCGAGGUUUUCUCCCCUGGGCCAAGAAAGCAUCCAAGGAAAUGGAGAGCGAGGCCGAGAACGCAUUGGCAGCGGACACAUCCGUUUCUGCGUCGUUCUUAUCGUUAUUCCGGUAUUCAACUCGCUUUGAAAUAAUGUUGGACUUUCUUGGCAUGAUCUUUGCUGUUGCUGCUGGCGCUUCGCAGCCUCUGAUGACUUUAGUAUUCGGUGACAUGACCCAAGAUUUCGUCACGUUUAAUUCAGCAGAGAACGAGUACUAUCAAUCGUUGCAGUCUAAUGAUACGAACGUGAUUGAGCAGGCGCAGGCCGCACUAGAUGCUGCUGCAUCCACAUUCGUUCAUAGCGCUAGCCUGGAUGCUUCUUAUCUCGUUUAUCUUGGUGUCGCCAUGUUUGUUUCCACGUAUAUAUACAUGUACACCUGGGUUUACACCUCAGAGGCUAAUGGGAAAAGAAUACGCGAGAGGUAUCUUCAGGCCAUCCUUAGACAGGAAAUCGCCUAUUUUGAUGAUGUGGGGGCUGGAGAGGUUGCGACGCGCAUCCAAACCGACACUCAUCUGGUACAACUGGGGAUAUCCGAAAAAGUCACUGUUGCAGUCACUUGCAUCAGCGCAUUCGUCGUUGGCUUUAUUAUUGCGUUUGUCCGGUCAUGGCGUCUCGCUCUUGCAUUGUCGUCCAUGAUUGUGUGCAUCAUAAUCAUAGGCGGUGUCAUGAAAAAAUGUCUCUCCAAAUACACACAAUUGUCCUUGAAGCAUACUGCUGAGGCAGGCAGUCUUGCAGAAGAGGUCAUAUCCACGAUUCGCACUGCACAGGCUUUCGGGACACAGAAAAUUUUGUCUGGAAUAUACGAUAAGAACAUCGACGUUACUCGCAUCGUUAACGCCAAAGCGAGUAUUUCGCAAGGUGUGGGAUUAGGCUGCCUCUUCUUCGUGAACUACGCUGGAUAUGCGCUCGCAUUCGAUUUCGGAACUACCCUCAUAAAUGAAGGCCAAGCUAACGCCGGACAGGUUGUAAAUGUCUUCUUUGCCAUCUUAACCGGAUCAUUAUCUCUUGCUAUACUUGCGCCUGAAUUACAAGCCAUUACACGUGCCUGUGGUGCCGCCGUCAAACUAUUCGAUACGAUCGAGCGUGUCCCUGAUAUCGACUCUGCAAACCCAGGAGGACUAAAGCCUUCAAAAGUCACUGGGGAGAUUACGUUCAAGGAAGUCAAAUUCAGCUAUCCGUCUCGCGCAGAUGUUCCAAUUCUCAAAGGCAUCGACGUCACCUUCCCGGCUGGCAAGACCACUGCUCUUGUUGGCGCAUCUGGAUCUGGUAAAUCUACGAUCGUAUCUCUCACGGAACGCUUCUACGAUCCGCUCAGUGGCUCCGUUACGCUUGACGGAAUUGACUUGCGAGAGCUGAAUAUCAAAUGGUUACGCUCUCAGAUCGGUCUAGUCUCACAAGAGCCAGUGCUUUUCGCGACGACUAUCAGGGGCAACAUCGCACACGGUCUCAUUGGCACACAAUACGAGGAUGCAUCUGAUGAGGAGAAGUUUCAACUGAUCAAAGCAGCCUGCAUCAAGUCUAAUGCAGAUAGCUUUAUUAACCACCUGCCACAAGGAUAUGACACUAUGGUUGGUGAGCGAGGUUUUCUUUUGUCGGGAGGGCAAAAACAGCGCAUCGCAAUUGCGCGAGCUAUCGUGUCGGACCCGCGGAUCUUGCUCCUUGAUGAAGCCACAAGUGCCCUCGAUACUCGCUCAGAAGUAAUCGUACAAGAUGCUCUGGACAAGGCAGCUGCUGGUCGAACUACCAUCACCAUUGCUCAUCGCUUGUCCACGGUUAAAGAUGCUGACUGCAUACUUGUAAUGGGCGAGGGACUUGUACUGGAGCGAGGGACUCAUGCGGAACUUCUGGCAGAUGAGAACGGCGCAUACUCUCGUCUCGUCGCAGCUCAAUCUCUCCGCGAGAGUGAAAAAGAUGAUCUGGAUGCAGGGGGGUCAGGUGACGAGUCAGAUUUGGAAAAGUCUAGGUCAGAAGAACUCCUCGAACGGAAGAGCACUAUUCGAUCUGUCAGAAGCGACAUCGCCAGUCAAUUAAAGGAGGAUGUAGGGGACCAGGCUCCAGAGGAAGCCUACGGUCUGUUUUAUUUGAUGAAACGAAUUGGUGGUCUUCACCCUGAAGGGCUUCGCCGAUACUUAAUUGGAUCUUUCUUUGCCAUAUGCAACGGUGCCGCGUAUCCUGUCUCUGGUAUAAUCUAUGGGCACGCAGUCUCCGGCUUUAGCGCGACCACAAAUUCUGAGCGAAGCUACCAAGGCGACCGAAAUGCUCUCUGGUUUUUCAUCCUUGCCAUUCUAUGCGCAUUGUGUAUGGGUUUCCAGAACUACUUCUUUGCUUCUGCUGCCGCUGUCUUGACUGCCAAGCUCCGUUCAAUGAGCUUCAAAGCUAUCCUCCGACAAGACAUCGAGUACUUUGACAACGACAAGAACAGUACUGGCACUCUGACGUCAAACUUGAGCGAAAACCCCCAGAGGAUCAAUGGUCUUGCUGGUAUAACUCUGGGAACAAUCAUCCAAUCUAUCGCAACUCUAGUUGUUGGCUUAAUAAUUGGCUUUGCAUACGCUUGGAAGGCAGCUAUUGUUGGCAUGGCAUGUAUUCCUGUCCUGGUGUGCGGUGGCUAUAUACGUUUGCAAGUAGUUGUUCUGAAAGAUCAGAAGAACAAGAAAGCGCAAGAAAGCUCUGCUCAGAUUGCCUGCGAAGCUGCUGCAGCCAUUCGCACCGUUGCAUCAUUGACCCGAGAGGAGCACUGUCUUGAUAUAUACAGACGAAGCUUGGAAGGACCCAUCAGAAAAUCCACUAGGACAGCGCUCUGGAGUAACUUGCUGUAUGCACUCUCUCAGGCCAUGGGUUUCUGGGUGAUUUCUCUAGUCGUCUGGUAUGGCGCGACACUCGUUUCGCAGCUGGAGAUAUCCACACAAUCAUUCUUCAUUACUUUAGUGAGCACGGUAUUUUCCUCAAUGCAGGCUGGUAAUGUCUUUGCCUUCGUGCCUGACAUUUCAUCGGCCAAAGGGGCCGCCGACGCAACUAUCAGGCUCCUCGAUUCAACUCCUGCGAUUGAUGCAGAGUCAACUGAAGGCAAAAGUAUUCCGAGCAAGACUAUCAAGGGUCACAUACAGCUGGAGAACGUUCAUUUCAGUUAUCCUACCCGUCCCAGAACCCGGGUUCUUCGUGGCCUCACGCUUACCGUCGAACCCGGAACCUAUGUUGCCUUGGUCGGCUCUAGCGGUUGCGGUAAAAGCACGGUCAUCCAAUUACUAGAGCGUUUUUACGAUCCACUUUCCGGACGGAUCUCACUCGAUGGAGAGCUUAUUGAUGAAUUUAACGUCCAAGCAUAUCGACAGCAAAUCUCACUUGUGUCACAAGAACCUACUUUGUACGCAGGAACUAUUCGCUUCAAUAUCUUGCUCGGUGCCGCCAGACCAGAAUCUGAGGUCGCACAAGAAGAGAUCGAGACUGCCUGCCGUGAUGCCAAUAUACUGGAGUUUAUUCAAUCACUUCCAGACGGAUUCAAUACAGAAGUUGGUGGCAAGGGAUCCCAGCUGUCUGGAGGUCAGAAACAACGUAUAGCAAUCGCUCGCGCACUGCUUCGGAACCCGAAAGUUCUUCUGCUCGAUGAAGCUACAUCAGCCCUUGAUUCGAACUCAGAAAAGGUGGUGCAAGAAGCUCUUGACAAAGCUGCCAAAGGUCGCACCACAAUAGCUAUCGCCCACCGCCUUUCGACUAUCCAGAACGCUGAUCGCAUACAUUUUGUCAAGGAAGGCAGAGUCAGCGAAUCCGGAACCCACGACGAACUUCUUGCGCGGAGAGGAGAUUAUUACGAGUUCGUCCAGCUUCAAGCACUCAGCAAGAAGUAG